CGUAGGACGCACGCUCUCCUCUUCUUCUCCAAAGGCAAGUAGGCAACCACACCUCCCUCUGCGCCUCCCUAACCUCUACUCGCUUGUGCUUUGGGCGAUUCAACCCGAGGAGAGAAGAGGAGAAGAGAGGGGAGGAGGCGGCGGUGGAGGAGAAGUUUGGUAGGGAGAUCGAUGGGGCUGUCGUUCGGGACGCUGUUCGGGGCGCUGUUCGCCAAGAAGGAGAUGCGGAUCCUGAUGGUCGGGCUCGACGCCGCCGGGAAGACCACCAUCCUGUACAAGCUCAAGCUCGGCGAGAUCGUCACCACCAUCCCCACCAUCGGGUUCAACGUGGAGACAGUAGAGUAUAAGAACAUCAGCUUCACUGUUUGGGAUGUCGGGGGCCAGGACAAGAUAAGGCCUUUGUGGAGGCACUACUUCCAGAACACUCAGGGCCUUAUCUUUGUUGUUGACAGCAACGACAGAGACCGUAUUGCUGAGGCAAGAGAUGAGCUCCACAGGAUGCUGAAUGAGGACGAGCUGCGCAAUGCUGUAUUGCUUGUUUUUGCUAACAAGCAAGAUCUUCCCAAUGCCAUGAAUGCUGCUGAAAUAACAGAUAAGCUUGGUCUACACUCUCUGCGUCAGCGACACUGGUAUAUCCAGAGUGCUUGCGCCACAAGUGGAGAGGGUCUGUAUGAAGGGCUGGACUGGCUCUCCAACAAUAUAGCCAGCAAGGUUUCUAUCUAACACUCAGGGCUGGAAUGGCAUUUUUUGGGUCAACUUUGCUCUGGUGUUUAUUUUUUGGGGUUCUAGUAGUUCAAGCCUUUCCCCGUGUUCAGCGUACUUGCAUUAUGACCUUGAUGUUCAGAAUAAAUGAUGCAUGACACUAACAAGUGCUAUUUUCUUAACUGGAUUGCAGUCCUGAAGGCAGAAGCAACUAGCGUCUGGACAAAUGACUGGAAUAUGUAGGCAUGU